UCAAAAUUUAAAAUAGGCGGACGUAUAAAACCUCGUAUUUAUGUAGAUAUCUUUUCUUUGUCCUUGUAAAUAUAACUGGAAGGCGUGUAAAAUAGAUCUACAUUACAGAGUUCUACAAUAAGUAACACAAACGUCGUGUAAAAGACCAAUUUUCCAGUCACCAAUCUCGUCAUACAGACAAUCCGAAUAACUGUUAGCAUGCCUUCGCAGCGGUCAAGAUGAGCAAGCUGUGCCGCCAGGUGUCCAUCGAGUCCCCCGGGCCCACGCUGAAGGAGUGCGUGUUCAGUUUCGACGUGCCCGUGCCCGAGGUGCCCAUGUACGGGGCCCGGAUCCGCGUCGCUUACGCCGGGGCUUGCUACAGGGCGAACCGCACCCGCUCUGCGUCGGUCUGCUCGACGUCUUCCGUCUCAUCCAUCGGCAGCUUAUCGGGCGAGAUGGAGAACUUCGGGAUCCACACAUCGACUCCUGCUCAUAUAGGCUUACGCGACGGAGCCCUCUUCCCUGGCUACGAAGUGGCCGGAGUCGUCGACGCCAUAGGCAAGAACGCUGACACCGAAGGCAUCAAGGAAGGAGACAGGAUCGUUCUGUACCCCUACGAAGGAGUCCCGCACGGCUACGCGGACUACAUAGUGGUCCCGGACUUCAAGUGUCUGGUUCGCGUGCCGCCCGAGCUGCCGCUGAGCGUGGCCGCCAUGCUGCCCACCGGCGCGCUGCUCGCCAUGAACACCGUCAACACCGCCAGCGACUGCCUGCACAAGAUCCUAGAAGGUCCCGACCACAAGGACAAAGCCACAGUUCUGAUCGUGGGCACUGGCGGGUUAGCGCUGUGGGCGCUGCGCAUAGCCACGCACUACUUCCGGCAGGCGUGCUGGCACGACCGCGUCCGGAUAUCCGUCGCCACGCUCAAGGACGAGGGCUUCCUGCUGGCCCGGGAUAGCGAGCAAAUAAGCGUGGUGCAGUGGAACGAGGACCUGUACGAGAAGCAGCUGAUAGAGCGCACGACGGACGCGUGCGGCGGCCCAGUCGACCUCGUGCUCAACUUCGGGACCACCUCGCGGUCGCUGCACCGCGCGCUGCAGUGCCUCGCGCCGGGCGGCGUGGUGCUGGUGACGGAGGACGUGGGCGAGAAGCUGCUGCCCAAGUUCGCGAAGAAAGCGGACGAGCUGCGCGUGCGCGUGGCCGUCGUGCCGCACGGCACGCUCACGCAGCUGCGCGCGCUGGUCGCGCUCGUCGCCAAGGGCGAGAUCGCCCCUCCCCCGCACUCAGUGUUCCCGGCCGAGGAGGCCCAGGAGGUGGUCCGCAAGCUGUGCAACUCCGAGGUGCAGGGUCGCGCCAUCCUGCGCUUCCACAACGUGGACUAACUCGCCCCACCCUCCCCUACCAGCCUCUCGUCAAGUCACCGCACUUCGGACCAUGAAGCCAACAGCGCAGAGGCCCUUUAAGACAGGGCCAGUAGCAUCAACCACAUUUGACGACCUUUGACCAGCAGACGUCUAUGGAACUUCCCAUACAACAUUAUUUAACGAACGCUUUAACGGUGGCAGAUGGCUUGAUGCAACCGGCCCUUAAUCUAAAAAGUAACCGGCGAUUAUCCCUGUCCGCAAUAUAGAAUACACCCAAGGACAAUCCCCGGUUAAUUUAGAACUAUUGCAAUGAAAAGAAACAAAAUAUACCGGGCUAUUGGGUUGAGGUGUUAUGUACAAUUGUACAGUCAACCAAUUGGAACCCUAGGCCACUGUAGAACUUUGUCAUAGUGACGUUAUAAAUCAGAUUGUAAGAAAUCUCUUACUGCUUGUUAUUUUGACAUGGUUGUAGAGUGGCCUAGGGUUCCAAUUGGUUGACUGUACUAGUGACCGGUCUAUGGCGCCUGCCUUGAUCAUAUCCAGAGGGCGGAAUUGCUCAUGGCAAAAAUCAAACGUCAAUAGAGUUGGAACGGUAAAUUUUAUCGACAUUUUCAGCUAUCGAUAAAAACAGUCACCUUUUAAAUUUCUGCCUUUAUUUGACCUCUGAUUAGCUAUUCGACCAUUUGAUUUUGACCUCUUUGACUAGAUUAAAAGUAAAUUGUAUAACAUUUGAUUACCAUUUUUGUCACUAGUCCUCUUGCAAAAACGUUUGAAAAAAAAUGGUUAAUCUAAAA